ACCGAGGCGAGUUGUGUGUUGACCAUCGGCGAGCUACGAACCGGACUCAAAAAACACAGCCCCAAACGAACACAACAAAAUGGCCAAGUUGCUCCUUGUGAUUGUCGGUGUGGCGGCCCUAGUGGCAGCGGGACAGGCGGCUGGCCUCGGCUCCACCGAGCAGCUGCAGCGCCUAAUUGCCGAGGAGCAGAACAAGUGUGCCAGCGGCCAAGACUCGAUGGCCUGCAUCAAAGAGCGUGCCAUGCGCUUUGUGGACAAUGUGAUGAGCAAAGACAGCUAUCAGGUCUCCAACCUGGAGGUGCGCUCCAAUGGCCAAAAGACUGCUCCCAUAAGCGAAGCCCGUGCCAGCAGUGCCGAUGGCUUCAUUGAUGCCAUUGAGAACUAUAUGCGGGGACAUGAUGUCAGCAUGAACUUGCCCUUGGCCGAUGCCAAGGUCACCGUCUCGGCUCGUAACCUGGCCAACAACCAGCUGAGCCUGAACCUUCAGUUGAACGGCGACGAAGCCGAUGAUGAUGCCACCGAUGUCGAAGCCAGGGGUAAGAAGGGCAACAUCUUCAAGAAGGGCAAGAAGCAUCGUCUCCGCAAGCUGGCCAUGCCCAUCCUGGUGCUCAUCCUGCUGAAGGCCAUCACUGUCAUCCCCAUGGCCAUUGGCAUUCUGAAGAUCAAGGCCUUCAACGCCCUGGCUCUGGGCUUCUUCUCCUUCAUUGUCUCGGUUGGUUUGGCCAUUUUCCAAUUGUGCAAAAAGAUUGCCCAUGAUCACCAUCACACCGCUCACAUCACCGCCCAUGGACCGUGGGAUGGCCGUACCUUCGGUUCUGUUUCCGUCCCCGUUGUGGAGCAGCCCCAGAAGUUGGCCCAGAAGUUGGCCUAUCAGGCCUAUGCCUAAGCCAGCACCAAGAACCCAACAGUCCCCCACAGAAGCAAGAGGAGCAGAGAAGUCCCUGGAUGAGCACAGCCCCAGAAGUUGUCUCGAAGAGCGCAUAAUUAUUUGUUAAUUGUUAGACAUAUUCUGCGUCCUUCGACCGACCCUGUCCGUGUCUUUAGACUUUAUAUAUAAUAUUUAUUAACUAUUUAUUGAAAACAAGAGAUUAAGCAAAAGAGAGAAGCAAAGCACCAAAAUAAAGUAGCACAACAAAUGCCUUAAA